AUGCUCACGGUCUGGCGCGGGAGCACGCACGUGAAUGGUGCCGUUCAUGGUUUUCACUUCCUCUUUGGACUUGGGGCGUUUAUCGCCCCGUUGUGCGUGAGCUUUGUGCUGCGACAUGAUGCUGAUGCGGUCCAGGCUUGGUUUGUCCCAGUGGCCACCUACGCUCCAGCCUGCGUCGCUUUAUUGCUUCUAAGCUUUCAACCGCAGCCUAAAACGGCUGCCGAGGAUUCCGAGGCGCGGCGGAUUGCCACGACAAGACGACGACGAGCAGUGACUAGCACGGCACGAAAGACGGAGCACGACGUUCGCUAUUGGCACCUAAGGAGCUCAGAACACGAUCCAGUUUGCAUGCAAGGGACCGUUGAACAUAUGACAGUAGAUAAUACUAGAUGA